AAAAAACAUUAUUGGAUGUUUCAGCUUGUAACCUUUCAUGAGCCGCAUAAAUUAAUGUUGUUGUUUUUGCUAUAUAAUGCAAGGACUGUGACAGGAGGAGUCCCAACAUGCUGAAGGCUGGCUUGACUAAGAAUGGACAAAGCCAGAGCAUGAUGGAUGGUGGGACUCUACCAGAAAGAAGAUGGUGUACUUGGUCACGGCGCCAUUGCUUCUUAUUUCUGUUGCUGGCAACAAUUUUGUUUUUCUGCAACACGAAUCCAAACCCAAUGAAUCCUGAUUGGAGCCAUAAAUGGUGGAAGAUGUACAGUGGAACAAAAUGGUGGCUUUCAUUCAAAAGGCCGACACAGAAUAAAAUUCCUCCCACCACGAGUAACGUCAGUGUCACUGCUGCUGUGUCUACAUUUCAAACCGGGUCUUCUCAAUUUAAAAUCAAGCGUGGGCCACCUACAUACAGUCAGACUAAGAUGGGCAGCAUGGCAACAAUGACGUCACUGAUAACUGCAGCAACGCCCCUUGGCUCCGAAGAUGUUUCACUGGAGACUCUGCAAACAACAGAAAGCAAACCUUCAACGAUGCGUCCUUAUGUUUCUCCGGGGCUGUACUUCGUGGAAUACCCUUAUGAAUACCACUUCAUUAUAGAUGAGCCAGAGAAGUGCAAGCAGAAGAAGCCUUUCUUGGUUCUGGUAGUCCCCGUUGCACCCCAUAACAAAAAAAGCCGAGACAUAAUCCGUAGUACCUGGGGUGGUGAAAGUCUGGUACUGGGUAAAACUGUGACACUAUUCUUUCUCUUGGGUCUGCACAGUGGACGCGGUGCAGAGGAGAUCCAACAGCAACUGCUGCAGGAGAGCAAAGUGCAUCAGGACCUAAUCCAGGGUGACUUCAUGGACUGUUAUAAGAACCUGACCAUAAAGACCAUGAUGAUGAUGGAGUGGCUGGACUCCCGCUGCCGUACUGCCUCCUUUGCCAUGAAGAUUGACUCAGACAUGUUUCUCAAUGUGCACAAUCUCAUCAACAUGCUUUUAGGUGUUCCAAAGACCAACUACAUGACCGGGCUUGUGGCACAUCAAGGUGCCGUUCUUCGAGACAAGCAAUCGAAGUGGUAUCUUCCGGAGAAUGUUUUCCCUGAGGCACAGUACCCACCUUAUGCUUUGGGUCUGGGUUAUGUUGUGUCUUUAGACCUCCCUAAAAAGCUUGUGGAAGCAUCCAGACACAUCAAAGCUGUUUAUAUUGAAGAUGUGUAUUUAGGAUUGUGUAUGCGGCACAUGGGCAUCAUGCUCACUGACCCUCCAGACUGGAAUUAUUUUCACAUUUUUCCUGUGCAGUACAAUCGCUGUCGUUUCUCCAGGAUAAUAGCUACAACAACACAUGCCACCACAGAUCAUAUGUGGGUUUGGAAAGACUUUAAAAGACCUGGUCCAUACUGUUGAUUGUGGAAAAUCAUGAAAUACUUUAGAUUGGUCAACAUAGAAAACAAUGGAUUGACUGUAUAAAAAAAAAAAACUAUAGAAGAACUGAUUUUAUAUA